ACUUAAAGGAUAUCAUAUAUUCAACAAUCAAUGGCUGCUAGCCCAGUCCUUAUUCAUCAUCUCAAACUCAGCAUCUGUACUGUGUUGUUAUUAUGUCUCACCGGAACAGCUUUUGCUCAAUUACGCUCCACAUAUUACUUACUUUCAUGUCCUCUUGCUCUUCCUAUCAUUAGGGCCGAAGUACUCAAAGCUGUGCUCCUUGAGCCUCGAAUGGGUGCUUCCCUGCUCCGUCUCCAUUUCCAUGACUGCUUCGUCCAAGGAUGCGACGCGUCAGUACUAUUGGACGACACAGAAAAUUUCAGGGGUGAAAAAACAGCAUUUCCCAACAAUAAUUCUCUGAGGGGUUUUGAUGUCAUGGAUGAUAUAAAACAUAAACUAGAGAACCUGUGUCCCGGCGUCGUCUCAUGUGCUGACAUUUUGGCGGUUGCUGCGAGGGACUCUGUGUACGCUCUGGGUGGACCGUUUUGGGAAGUGAGAUUGGGAAGAAGAGACUCAACCAAAGCAAGUUGGAGCGAUGCUAACAAGGAUUUGCCUGCUCCGUUCCUCAAUCUUACUGGCCUCAUCACUGCUUUUGCCAACAAAGGCUUCACCCGGCAAGAAAUGGUGGCUUUGUCUGGAUCUCACACGAUAGGGAUGGCGAGGUGCAGGACUUUCAGGAACAGGAUCUACAACGACACCAACAUAGAGUCGUCGUUUAGAGAAUCGAAGCAAGCGGUGUGUCCGGCCGUAGGUGGAGACGACAAUCUAUCCGCUUUAGACGGCUCGCAUAGUGACGGAAACUGCUUUGAUAACUCAUACUACAAGAACUUGGUGAAGAAGAAGGGUCUGUUGCACUCGGACCAGGCGCUCUUCAAUGGAGGUCCCACGGACGCUCAAGUGAGAGCUUACGUGCAUGAUUCUUCACUCUUCUUCCGCGACUUUGCCAAGGCCAUGAUCAAAAUGAGUGAGCUCACUCCUUUGACUGCUCCUCAUGGUCAAGUCAGGACUAAUUGCAGAAAAGUCAAUUGAAUGCUAAUUGCCAUAACAUGAAAUCUAUUGUAUUCGAUCCAGUUACUUGCUAUAUCGUUUUUAGAAUAUUGUUUCACUCAUGCAUAGGUUCUCAAAAUAUCCAAAAGAAUAAAACAUCCCAUGUGCUGCUA